CGGCCAAAGGACGAUUAUUUCAUGUAUUUUAUAACUGACCCGCAGCGGACUAAAAGACUUGCAACAAUAAAGUAAAGGCCACCUCAAAAACUCAUCUGAAUAAUAUAGGCCACCACCAAAGCUGUCCUUGGUCCAUGUGUUAAUCAAUCGCCAGCAGGAGCCGUCCCCGGAGGAGGACUGUCCCCGCCGCGGCUGUGUUGACAGGACCGCCUGCUGCCCUGCUCCAUUUUUCCCCGCCGCCUCCCUCCUCCACCAGCCGCAGAAAUGUCAUCAGAUAUCAACCUUCUGCUAGAAAAGGCCACGAGCCCCCUGCUGUUGGACAUAGACUGGGACACUACGCUGCACAUAGUGGACCUCAUACGCCAGGGAGAUGUGAACCCUAAGGCAGCUGUUCAGUCCAUUGCGAGUCGCCUCAAAGACAGCAACCCCAAUGUGGUGCUGUUGGCACUGCAGGUGUUUGAGUCAGUGGUGAAGAACUGUGGACAGUCUGUGCACGAACAGGUGGCCUCUCGUGCUGUGAUGGAACAGGUGCACGAUGUCCUACGCACCAACCCUAAUGAGGAGGUGCGCAAGAAGAUUCUGCUGCUCCUGUCCACUUGGGUGUAUGCCUUCCGUAAUGAACCCAAGUACAGGGCUGUUCAGGACAUAGUCAACAUCCUGAAGGCAGAGGGCCACCACCUGCCCACUGUCAGCGAGAGUGAUGCUAUGUUUACAGCUGACCGCGCCCCGGACUGGGCUGAUGGGGAGUGCUGUCACCGCUGCCGAUCCCAGUUCACCAUGCUGAGGCGCAAGCACCAUUGCCGUGCAUGUGGCCAAGUGUUCUGUGGAGACUGUUCAGGCAAGUACUCCACCAUCCCCAAGUUUGGCAUUGAGAGAGAGGUUCGGGUAUGUGAGUCCUGCUAUGAUGACAUCAACAACCCCCAAAGACCUCUCCCUUCUUCUGACAAAGUGGAAAGUGAGGAGCCAAGCAGCCCCAAGUCCACCAAGACACCAGGGAAGAAGAGUGAAGAGGAGCUUCAGGAGGAGGAAGAGCUGCAGCUGGCCCUUGCCCUCUCACGCUCUGAGGCAGAGAACAAGGAGAAGGAGAAACUUCGUGCAACUUCGACUAUUUUGGGAAAUUGGCGGCAAACAUCACCCACUCCAGCCUCUCCAGCCCCUCAGCCGCCACAGGAGAAGGAGGACAUGGACCCUGAACUUGCAAGGUACUUGAAUCGCUCUUACUGGGAGCAGCAGCAGCACCAGCAGCCACAGCAGCAAAAAUCACCUCAGGCAGGUGACUCGACCCACACUCUGUCUCCAACGCAGCCCUCGGCCCCAACCUCCGGCAACAGGACACUCAUGUCGCCCUCCAAACUCGAGCCAGCAAAGGUGACUGAGAAUUACCAGAAUGGGGAGACAGAGGAGGUUGAUGAGUUUGUGUCCACCCUGAGAACCCAGCUGGAAAUAUUUGUGAACCGCAUGAAGAGUAACCAAAGCCGGGGUAGACCCAUCGCCAACGACACAUCGGUGCAGACCCUCUUUAUGAACAUCACUGCCAUGCAUGCGCAACUUCUUAAGUACAUCCAUGAACAAGAUGAUAAACGAGUUAACUUUGAGCGGCUGCAGGACAAGAUUUCCCAGGUGAGGGAUGCGAGGGCAGCCCUGGAGGCCCUGAGGGAGGAACAUCGGGAUCGCGUAAGAAGAGAGAGGGAGGAGCAGGAGCGAAUCAGGCAAAUGCAAAUGAUGCAGAAGCUGGAAAUCAUGAGGAAGAAGAAACAGGAAUACCUUGAGUACCAGAGGCAGCUGGCCCUCCAUCGAAUGGCUGAAAGUGAGCGAGAGAUCUUCAACAAGGCAGCAGCCAUGCCUGGUGCAGGAGCCAUGUACCCCAUGGGGUACCCUCCUUACCCCGGUGCCCCAGGACCCAUGCCUGGCCACAUGUUCCCUCCCCAGACUGAGGGAGCUGCUCCUCAGGGAAUCCCACCAAUGCCCCAGGGAGGUAUGCCUCAGGGUGGAGCACCUCCAUCCUCUAUGCAAUUCCAGCAGCCCGGUCCUCCUCCCAGCAUGCCGCAGUACCAGCCCCUCCCCCCAGGCCACCCUGGAGGCAUGAUGCCAGUGCCCCCAGGCCCUGGUCCAGUAGCACCUGUCUCUCAGCCAGGCUUCCAGCAACCACCACCACCACCUCCUGAGUUUUCCCCAUACAACAUGCAAGGCUUAGCCAACACCCUUCCCAAUGUGCCAGGGUACCCACCAGCCCAGGGUCAGCCUGCCCCAAGUGCUGGGCCCCCACAGAUGCAGCAGAGUCAGCCGGCCAUGUCAACUGGUGCCCCGGUGCAUGCUGUGCCGGAGGACAUGAGUGGGGGUGCCGGCCAGGUGCCUCCCCCACAGGCCAACAAGCCCCCAACACCACAGGACCAACAAGCUGAACUCAUUUCUUUUGAUUAACUAUGGUAAUGAUUUCUUGUUGAUUACAGGCAGUGAAUGCAAUAUUUGUUAAGGUGUAAUUUUAUAUAUGAAAUGUAUAUUAUCAUUAGCAUGUGAAAUAUGCAUCAACAGUCAACAUGCAAUGUAUGCCAGUGAACAUGAUGCACUAUAACUUGCUGCAAAAUGUACAUAUUUUUAUAUAAAUUGAUACAUAAUUAGGAUUAACAAUACUGAGUUUGUGAUGUCUUUUUGUAUACUAAAUUGGCAAAAAAAAAACUUGAAAAUAUAUAAAUAUAUAUACAUAUAAGCAGUUAAAUUCAGGUGACUUGUUUCCCGAUGGCCUUAAAAGACAAGGCCAAAUCAUCUUAGCCUGAGUUAUCCUGUGGCUGUCCUGAAGAACAAGAGCCUCAGCAUAGUUUGUAGGACUACAGGGAGUUACUGACCAACACUGUUCUCAGAAUGCUCUACACACUGAUACCAAACAUUUUUGGUUCAAUUUGUUUUUAAGGGUUGAAGCUUUCCAUAUUUCAGUCAUAGCUUAGUGAAUGUUAUUGAAAGCUUACCAAGAGUAUGAUACCAUUUUAUAUUUGACUUGCAAAGAUUUUUUCAUGUACACCAUUCUUGCAGUUCAUCUAAUCUUAUGUUCUGAAUGUCUAAAACAAAUACUUAAAUUCACACAGCAAACAUUUUUCAUGUUUCUCCUCACAUAAAGAAAUAUGUUCACAGACCUACUCAGAUGUGAUGUGAUGUUAGAAACUGAUCAGGUGCUUUUGUCAUCAACAUGUUUCUUUCAGUCUGUUUGGGUUCAUGUUAAGUUGUACUGACUAGAAACGAAAUGUUUCCUCAUUUUAGGUAAGGAAAACCUUACAUCUUUGAGGGUUUGAAAGCAUACAAUAACUGGUCGUUCAGAAGGGAAGUUACCAACUUGUUGUAGUUUGGCAUCAGGAUGGUGAGUAUAUAUGCAUAUAAAUGGUUAUAAAUUGUAAAUAUUUUGUGAUACCAUAUUAUUGAUAGGUUGUGUUCUUUAUUCCAUUACUGUACAUUGUCUUUUUUUAAAGAUUAUCUUUUAGGGUUGUAAGACGUAUGCUCAUUAUACAUGGAAAAAGAUAUAUAAUGCACAUGCAAUGUUCAGUUAUAUUAAAUUUUAUUCCGGUAGGGUGCUUUCAUCCAACUUUAUGAGGGGGUGUGUAGGUUGGAACAUAAUACCUCCUUUUUCUUCGGUUUAUAUAGGAAAAAUUGUUUUGUUAUUCAUUUAAUCACCCAUAGAAAUUUGUAGGAAGCUUUCCUGUACAUAUAAUGAGAACUGUCUGUAUUGUAUACUUAUAUUACAUAGCUUUCGUCUCAUAUUCUUUUACAUGCAGUGAGCUUAUAAUAGUAGGUGCUUCUUGACAGCUUCAGUGAGUCAUUAUCUGUAUUAUGUGUUUUGAUGCUUUCAGGCCUGAGGAGUGUCUCACAAUAAGAGCAGUUCCAUACCCCCAAAAUUGCCAGUGAUUGAUAGCUACUUUAACUAAAACUUCGUCGGGGCCUGUUGAAACGAUGAGGACUCGCACACUCUAAAAUAUCUCAUGUGAUAAAUUAUGAUGCACUGUGCCUGUAUUCUACAAAACAUUGAUCCCAAGUGUUUAUGUUAACAUUUUUCAUGUGAAUUGGUGAGAAACACUCUACCAUUCAGUUAUUACAAGCUAAGUACUCGCAACUAAGCUUACACCAUUCUCGCAUUUUUCCUACUCUCCUGCCACAUGUAUAACUUGAACCAUUUUUCCAAUAGAUUCCACGAAGACUAAUGUUAAAUCUGGCAUAUACCGAACAGAAUCUAGUCAGUAGAACUCGUGGUAAAGAGAUAUGUAUUUAAAAGGCUUAAACCUGCACGGUGCCGAAAAGACCGGCUGAGUGGCCGAACUCACCCUCACUGAGACCUACCAAAACAAAGGGGGAAACCAGAAUUGUAGCUGUAGGACAGGGGAGAAAGAAACAUUGGAACACAUUAUUGUAUAAUGUAGCAACAACGAGAGGCAGAGAGGGGAGUUAGUAGCAGAAGUAAUGACGGUGAUAGGCAGGGAGGAGUGGGCUAGGAGGCUAGAGGAGGGCAAUGGAACGGUGUUAUGGCUGUAUGGAGACAAAAAGGAAACAGAAAGAAGAAUUGAAAAACUGGCAAAAGUGUUCCUGACGAAGUGCUGGGAAAAAAAGGCACAAAUAAGUGUACAGAAAAACAAUGAAAAUAAGUGAUUUCAGCAGUAAUCAGACAAUUACAAUACAAUAGCGUAUUACAGUGAGGAAAGAUACGUAACACAAUACUAUUGAAAAGCAGAGUGUGUGAAUAAGAAGAGAAGACCGAGAGGAUGAGGACCUAAGAAACAAUACAAAGCGUUACAGGUCAAAAGAAGGUUUGUUUUGGUUUGGUUACGGAACAUUUCAAAAGAGAAUGCCAAGCUGUAUUAAUACAUAUGAACAAGUAUAGUCUGUGUUCGUGAUUUAUUAAUUGCUUUAGUGUAUCAAAUGCCUAAAAUUGAUAGUUCAGAAGUUUUUUGUAGACCUAAAAAACAAACUUUUUUUUCCCCAGGUUGUAGAUUGUACAGCAGUCCAACAAAAAGUUCAUAAUUUCAUUUAUCAUAAUACUGCAUCUGUGUCAAAGAUUAUUGAAGAAAAAUGUUCUCAAUAUUCAUAACUUUGUUUUGGAUUACACUGGGAUAAGCAAAUCUUUUUUUUACAGUAGACUCAGUUUUCUGUACCAUAUUGUGCUUUCCAGAUAAUCUGGCAUCUUUUUUCGAGGUAUGGAACUGCUCCUAUUGCCUUACUCAUUUAUUACCUGACUGCAUGAAGUUAGUAUCAAUAUUUUUCUUAAUUUCUUAUUUGCAAAUUUUAAUUGUUUAUUUGCUGCUAUAAAUUGUAUACUUAUCCAUAUCAGUAAGUACUUUAUGCUGUCUGCUACACUGUUGUCACAAAUACUUCAAGGCAUGUUAUAGAACAUUUUGGGAGCAGUCAUUAGAUUCGCAUUUUUGGGAAUAACUUGCCCGAUUUAUCUUGAGAGUGGCAGGACUUUUUUUUUUACACAGCAGGCCAUUGUAAAUGUUUUCUCACAUCUAGCUUUACUUAUAGGUGACUAACAAGUUAUUUAAUCCUUUUAUAUGUAUGGAAUUACUAACUUGCACAUGCAGUCAACUUCCAAUUUCUUUAUUGUACAUGCACAUGCAAAUGUGGAGCAAAUUACUUUGUUUACUAGUUUAGAUAUGCAUACAGCACUGGAAAGCUUUCUCAAUUUUAUGUACUAAUAAAUAUAUGCCAUUUGUAUUCUGCAUAUGCUAUAUGAUUGCUUUUCAAUAACUAUGACACCACAGGUAUUCAAAUUCAUCAGUGGUGUUCAAUAACUUGUAUUAACUGCAUAUUUUAGCAAUGAAUGGCAACUUACUUGAAGGCAGCACUCCAUUACUAAUGCACUGCUCAGGAAUAUAAGCUGAUUGAACUGUAAUGUACCAGAACUUUUGUGCUGUAUUUGAGCUUUCAUAGACUUUCCAUGUAAUAGAUUGUUCAACAAA